UUGGUUCAGAGUCGAAUUCUGAUCGAAUAUCGAAAUGAUUCAGAAGAAGCGAUGCGAAUUCUGGAAAAAUCGAUAAAAACAUCUGAAACUCGAGAUUCUUGUGCUGAAAAUCAGAAUUCUUCUGAAGUGAAAUUGAAGGUUUUGCUGCGAUUCCACGAUGUUUGUAUGGAUCAAUUAACUGAAUUGGAUAAAUAUAAAGAGGGAUUGAUUUAUCGCAUUAAAAAGCAGGCGAUUGAACAAUUUCAGACUCAAAUUGAUCAGAAAUCGGAAAUGUGAGUUUUUUGAGACUGCUGUAGGAUUUUUGGCGCGAAAUUUAGCUAUUUUUUGAGACCGAAUAGGGUACUGUAGAUUCAGAAAUGAGCUACAGUAACCCCAAUUCCUACUGUAGCGAAAAUUUGAAAUUUCAAUUCCCGAAAAAAAUACGUUUCAAAAUUUUGGUAUAAAAAAAUUUUGAAACUUUUUUUUCCUAUUACUGAUAAAUGUCCUCAAUUCUAUAUUUUUGGCUGAAAUUCUGAAAAAUUCGGGUUACUGUAGGGUUUUGGCGCGAAAAUUUGCUAUUUUUUGAGACCAAACAUGCCUAGGGUACUGUAGAUUCAAAAAUGAGGUACAGUAACCUGAAAUUUCUAGCUCCACAUUGCUACAGUAACCCCAAUAAUCCUACUGUAGCGAAAAUUUGAAAUUUCAGAAAAUUCCCGAAAAAAAUACGUUUCAAAAUUUUGAUAUAAAAAUUUUUUGAAAGUUUUUUUCAAUCUUUAGUUUUUGGCUGAAAUUUCAAAUUCUGAAAAAAUUCGGGUUACUGUAGGAUUUUUGGCGCCAAAAAAUUGAGCUACAGUAACCCAUAGCAUAUUCGGUUUAACAAAAAACCCUAAAUACCUAGCUCCAUAUUUCUACAGUAACCCCCAAUUCCUACUGUAGCGAAAAUUUGAAAUUUCAAUUCCCGAAAAAAUACGUUUCAAAAUUUUGGUAUAAAAAUUUUUGAACAUUUUUUUUCAAUUGUAUAUUUUUGGCUGAAAUCUCAAAUUCUGAAAAAAUUCGGGUUACUGUAGGAUUUUUGGCGCGAAAAUUUGCUAUUUUUUGAGACCGAAUAUGAAAGGGUACUGUAGGGUCGAAAAUGAGCUACAGUAACCUGAAAUUUCUAGCUCCACAUUUCUACAGUAACCCCAAUUCCUACAGUAGCGAAAAUUUGAAAUUUCAAUUCCCGAAAAAAAUACGUUUCAAAAUUUUGGUAUAAAAAAUUUUUGAAAAAUUUUUUUGUUAAACGGCAUGAAAAUUCAAAUUUCCAAAAUCUACAGUAAUCCUAGCCUUAUGUAUUAUCAAAAUUCGCCAAAUUUCUUGCAGAACUCGCCGAAAAUCAUCUGCGACGCGACAAAUCGCAGACGACGAAGAAAAUCGUCGCACAAUUCAUCGACUGACUCGCGAACAAAAAUGUGAACAAGAUCAUGUCGAUCAAACUGAAGCCGCAAUUGUCGCAGCAGCCCAAAAGGCGGUCGCUUCCGGACUCGCCGCACUCGAAACUAUCGCAACCGCAAGUCGCGACGCGGAAGAUGACGCGACGCAACGCUCGCAAGCCGCACUCGUCAUUUUCCCCCUUAUCGAUGUGAUUUUCAAGUAUGAAGUGCUUCCAGAAAUUGUUGCGGUGGUUCGAGAUCGCACGCCGCGAAUCUCGUCGCGACUUUGGAUUUGUGCCGCGUCGCAUGUUGCGUCGCGGUGUUUUGCCGCGCGGCAACAAUCGCCAUUGCGGAAAUAUUUGAGACAGGUUGGGGCACAGUUUUGUGGGCGUGGCCUAAUUUUUUUGGAAUUUUGCAGAUUCUGACGCGACUUGUUAUCGAUUACCCUUUCCAUGUGUUGCACACCCUUUUGAUGUAUGAAUAUGAGAGUGUGAGUUUUUAAGGGUUACUGUAGCUACAGUAGUUUUCGAAGAUCAAAUUUUGAACCGAAAAAUCUGAAAAAAUCGAUAAUUUUGAAUUUUUUGGCACGUGGAUUUUUUCAAAGAUUUUUCAAAGGCUACUGUAGCUACAGUAGUUGUUGAAGCUGAAAAUUCUGAAAUUUUUCUGAAAAUAUCAAUUUUUUAACCGAAAGAUCUGAAAAAAUCGAUAAUUUUGAAGUUUUUGCCACGUGGAUUUUUUUUGAGAUUUUGCAAAGGUUACUGUAGCUACAGUAGUUUUUGAAGCUGAAAAUUCUAGAAAAUAUCUGAAAAUAUCAAUAAUUUUAAAUUUUUGCCACGUGGAUUUUUUUAAAAAGAUUUUUUAAAGGUUACUGUAGCUACAGUAGUUUUUGAAGCUGAAAAUUCUAGAAAAUAUCUGAAAAUAUCAAUUUUUGAACCGAAAAAUCUGAAAAAAAUCGAUAAUUGUGAAUUUUUUUUUUGACAAAUCUUCCGACUGAAAAUCUAGCUGAAAAUCUGAAAUUUUUCUGAAAAUCUCAACAUUUUCACUCUAAAGAUCUGAAAAAAUCGAUAGUUUUUGCCACGUGGAUUUUUGAGCAAAAAUGCAUUUUUAUCUGAAAAUCUGAAAAAAAAUCAAUAAUUCUAAAUUUUUUGCCACGUGGAUUUUUAAAAAAAUUCCCCAAAUUUUUUUUUGCAGAACGGCGCCGAAACUCGCCGCUUCAUCGAUCAAAUCGCCGACGAAUGCGGAAGUGGCGGCGGCGACGCGCGGAAACUCCGCGACAUAAUCCGCGAGAUGCGCCGCGCUCACGAAGCCUAUCGAGAAUUUGCGCGGAUCGACGCGCGGAAAGAUCUAGCACCUGCUGUCAAUUCACGAUACACCCUUCCCGCCUCGCUGAAACUUCAUCAUGUUGAGCUGACGCGUCUCCCAUUGCCGUGUGUCACGCAAAAGCUUCCGCGUUCCGCGUGCGAUUAUUCCGCGCGCGAAUUGGUGACGUGGCAAACGUGGAAACCGUAUUUCACUCUGGCUGACGGCCUAUCAACCCCAAAAAUUUGGGAAAUUCAGGGUUCCGAUGGAUUUUGGUAUAAAAUUGUGUGGAAAAAAGAGGAUGUGAGGCAGGAUUUGCUCGUCGAGCAAAUGUUUGACAUCACAAAUUGUAUUCUGGACAAAAAUGAUGGGCUCAAAAAUUUGCGGACCUAUAAAAUUGUGCCAUUAGAUCAGGGAUGUGGAUUGAUUGAGUUUUGUCAUGGAACUGUUAGUAUGAGUGAGUUUUUUGGGGGGAAAAUCCACGUUUUUUUGACACUAAAUGAGCCUAGGCCCGAAUUGGGCCGAAUAGCCCUUUCUGGCCUGAAAAAUCCAUGUUUUUUGACACCAAAUGAGUCUAGGGUUACUGUAGAUUGUUUUUGGCGCCAAAAUUUUGAAUUUGAAAUUUUCCUGCCAAAAAUUUGAAAAUUGAAUUUGGCCCCAAAAAUUACAGUAACCCAUGACAUAUUUAGGCUCUAGUUUAAAAUUUUUUAAAUUCAAUUUUUUUGGCGCCAAAAUUAUCUACAGUACCCCUAGGCUUAUUUAAUAUCAAAAAGUUUCAAAUUUUCGCGCCAAAAACUACAGUAACCCAUGACAAAUAUUUGGGCUCUAGUUUGAAAUUUGAAUUUUUUGUCACCAAAAAUGAUGCCUACAGUACCCCUAGGCUUGUUUAAUAUCAAAAAGUUUCAAAUUUUCGCGCCAAAGUUAUCUACAGUACCCCUAGGCUUAUUUACUAUCAAAAAAAUUUCAAAUUUUCGCGCCAAAAUUAUCUACAGUACCCCUAGGCUUAUUUACUAUCAAAAAAUUUCAAAUUUUCGCGCCAAAAUUAUCUACAGUACCCCAAGGCUUGUUUACUAUCAAAAAGUUUCAAAUUUUCACGCCAAAAUUAUCUACAGUACCCCUAGGCUUAUUUAAUAUCAAAAAUCCCCAAAUUUUUUGCAGAAGAACUGCUGUGUGGUGCAAAUCGUCAAGGUGGUCUCCACCACAAAUAUCACCCAAAUGAAUGUUCAAUUUCUGAAAUAACCCGUCAAAUGCGAGACUGUCAAAAAGAUUCCAUCGAACAACGUCGUCAAGUCUUCAUAAAUAUUUGUCGUCAAAUUUCGCCAGUCUUUCGCCAUCAUUUCUACGAAUCCAACCAUUUCAGCUGCCAAAUUUGGCGCCAAAAAUUGACGGAAUACCGUAGGAGCCUGUCAACGUGGAGUGUUGUUGGUUAUAUUGUUGGAUUGGGUGACAGACACACGUCGAACAUCUUGUUUGAUAUGCAACAAUGCCAUUUUGUGCAUAUUGAUUUUGGUGAGUACUGUAGCCUAGGGGUACUGUAGGGGGUUUUUUGCGGGAAAUUUCACGUAUUUUGAGACCAAAUAUGCCUAGAGGUACUGUAGGCGGGAAAAUUCGAUUUUUUUUGUCACGCCUACUGUAAACUACAGUAGUCCGAGCGCGUGAGUAUAGAUCAAGAGUGUAUGUCCCUUUAAAAUACCGUAGUUCCUUAGGGUACAGUACCUCAAAGCUACAGUAAUAAUUUGAAGGGACGUACACUUUGAAAACUUGAUUUUUUAUAAAAGGCUAGGGGUACUGUAGAUGGUUACUGUAGCUUUGAACUAAGAAACUACAGUACUUUAAAGGGACAUCUCCCUUUAAAUGAUUACUGUAGCUUUGAGGUGCUGUACUCUUACUCUAAAAACUACGGUAAUUCAAAGGGACAUACACUCGCUUCGCUGGAGCCGCUUUCGCGGGAUUUUGAUCUACACUCGCGCCAGAGGCACUCGGAGUACUGUAGAUCACUUAAAGGGACAUACAGUACCCCGAGCGCCUCUGGCGCGAGUGUAGACCAAAAUUACGCGAAAGCGGCUCGAGCGAAGCGAGUGUAUGUUCCUUUAAAAUACCGUAGUUUCUUAGGGUACAGUACCUCAAAGCUUCUUUCAAUUACUGUAGCUUUAAGGUACUGUACUUCAAUUGUUUGAAUUAAGAUUUUCUCAAGCUCCGCCCCUUUAUGCAAUUUUGCGGCAUGGUUUUUUGACCAGACAUAUUCGGUCUCUAUCAGCACUUCAAAGGAGCAUACAGUACCCCGAGAACCUUUGGCACGACUGUAUGUCCCUUUAGAUUACUGUUGCUUCUAGGUACUGUUCCCGGUAAUUUAAAGGGACAUACGAACUGUAGCUACAGUAACCCUCUAGGUGUAUUUGGUGUCAAAAAAUUCGCAUUUGAACCUAUUUUUUUGCAGGUAUGAUUCUGGAAUACAGUAAACGUCUUCUACCAGUUCCUGAAUUAGUUCCAUUUCGGCUAACUCGAGAUUUGUUGGAUCCAAUUCUAAUCGAAGGAAUCGAAAAUGGACAAUUGGCUGAAAAUUGCACAAAUGUGCUCGAAAAACUCAAAACUCAUCAAAAAGUUUUGCUCGGCGUCGCCUCUGGUUUGCUCCGCGAAACGAUGUCGAACUUCCGCGAAGUCGAAGAGAAUCUCAAUCGUCCCAGCUUCAUCUCACAAAUGGCAAUCGGAAGGUUGCGCGAGAAAUUGGCGCGAAAACAACAAAUUUCAAAUCUCGAGAUUCGCCGAUUGUUGAGAGAGUCGACGAAUUCCGAUAACUUGUCGCGGAUGUUUUGUGGAUGGAUGCCGUUUUUGUGA